AUGGUCCAUCGUCGAAUUCAAAAUGUACCAUUGGGUUUUUUGGCUUCCCACCGACGCAGGCAAGACACUACCAAUAGGCCUAUCAGCCCUACUCCUACUGGACCAACUCGCAUGUCACCUCGCUUGCUUCGGACCAAUACCUACCGCCCUUUGAUUUCUUCUUUGGCCGGUCCCACAGGAUUUGGACCUCCCGGAAGCCCUAGGAAGCGCAACAUGCCAUACCCCGUGCCACUGGAAAACUCUCUCCAAUUACCGACACGUCAACCUGCUGGUUUCAUGAGCGCGAGCGAAUGUGAUGCUCUUGAAUGGAGUCACAGUGUUUCGCCUGCCCAAAACCCGUUCACCAGGCUACGUAAUGCCUCAAAUUACGCUCCAGGUCCCUCCCCUAUUUAUCAAGCGGGCUACGACCACGCUGGCUUCACGAGCAGUUUCACUUCUGAUGGCCAAUUGGCCCUCGACACCGCCGGAUCGCCCACUCUCCUGGGAUCCUCAACUAUCCUCGGGUCUCACAGUUCACAGACUAAUGCUUCGACUACCUUGACUUCCAACACCCCGUCUGGUCCAAUAACUCUCGUCAUCGAUGAUGACCAUAAUGGAGUGUGUCGUGAUGGGUGCACUGGGUGCAAUUGCUUGCCUGAUGACACCUCGGAAGACCUUCCGCUGGCCAAUUCCAUUCUGGAGGGUCUUCCAACCCGCGCCUUGCCUCUUCCUGAAGGUCCUAUCGCCCACUAUGACGAACUUCCUCUGCGCACUUUUGAGAUCACCUUCAACGUGUAUCAACGUAAAGUACCCGCGACUGACUCUGUUGCUGGACGGAUUAAGAAAGGCCGCGGUCGCCAUUUAAAGGUAGCUCCGAAACCAGCGAAACCCCAAUGGAGCAAUUACAAACCGCUUGUCCCGACGUACUCUGUGUUACCUGUUGGAUCUUUCAGCUGGUCCGACUGGCGCACUAAACUAUUCAACGCUUGCAAUGAACGCCUCCAAGGUAUAUCGGAUGCUCUAGCCGCGGCCAAACGCGGUGGUACUUUAGCUAUUCAAGGUUUUAUUAACGGAACGGAUCGCAAAACGACCAAGCAGCGCGUUUAUCUCACUGACGAUGUCAGUUUUGGACAAUUUGUUCAUGCUAUCCUGGCCGCCCCAUCAACAGCAACCGUAGGCAUCAAGAUCGUCCACCCACACCCCAAAAACAAUGAGGACGCAAAUCGAUCUUUGGCGAAGUCAACCAACGGUUCGGGUGCGAAUCCACCAUCUGACCCAUCUGAUGAAUUGGAUGGGUCAGAGUCUGAAGGCUCUGAUGCUCUGACACCUGCAGAAAAGAAGUACAAGCUUUUGAUGGCCCGAUUUGAAAAGGCAUUCAAAUCGGGUGAGAAUGUGGCUACCGCAGUGAAUACAAAAGAUACUUCAAAAGUUUUACUCCUUAAUACUGCGCGUAUCCGAACCUGGGCCAAUGACUGGGCCGAUGGAGUGCCUGGUGUGGACGAGAUGAAUCCUCCUAUGGCGAGGCCAAACUUCAAUUGGGUCAACGCCAGUGACUACGAAGACGAGAAGGCGGAGCUCCUUGGUCUAAGAGAUCGUCGCCCCCGAGGAUCCCAGCCCCAGUCUGCGGGUUCGACCUCUGGAGGCACUGUCAUCCACCAUAAUUAUUAUGGUCAAGGCAUGCCAAGCCCUGGAAUGCCUGUACCCAGCGCUGGAUUUCACCCGGCGACUCCAUCAUUCGAUUAG